CUGCUGACUAGUGUACGCGAUGGGCUUUCAUGGAGUAAUUAUAAUUUUUUUCAUUACCGUAAUCCGUUCAAUAGUGUUUAAUGAUGCUAGUGUCUCGCUGUGUCCACAAACUAUCGAAUAUAUCGAUGGAAAAUUACGAAACAGUAAAGUGGAAAUUGCCAAGACUUAUGUGUACGAUCCAGACUCAGCUACCAGCGUAACAUACGAUAUAGAAUGGAAAAGUCUGUGGACUCAAGAUUUGGACUACCAUGCGUUGACCAUCGGUCUCUCCAACGAGAUGUUUGUUUUGAUCGACAGUGACCGAGUGAUAUUAAUCAGCGUAACCUUGAAUCCACCUGAAUUAUUUAAAACUCCAAUCAGCCGUCAUGGGGUGUCCGUCCACCGUUCCGAUACUCCAAUGAAAUUUAUAAGAAGGAUCACGUGGAAGAAUACGAUUUAUCUCUUAAUUUGUUAUGAGAUAAAUUUCUGUAACAUCUACACAAGCCCAUCAAACCUGGAAUUUCAAUAUCAACAUAGUCUGGCGUACGAGAUGAGUAUCCCCACGGAUGCCAAUUUCUUCAUCGACAACAAUAAUUUGUACCUCGUGGUAGCUACUAGCUUUAACGCAUAUCCAGCCUGUUCAGUAAUCUACCGUUGGACAGAAACCUACAUGGACGAAAUAGCAAAGAUUUUCCUCAAAUCUGUUAUUUCCGUUCUUACUUUCAAUCAUAGAAAUGCGAGAGUACUUAUCUUCGCUCAAAAUGAUGAACAAUCUCCUGUGGGAUCUCAAAUUUAUAAAUUAAUAAUCGACGGUUCAACUGGACACGGGAAUCUAGAAAUCAGCCAAUUUCUUCCCACAAGUAGACCAGUAGGAAUGCGCCUGUAUAGCCACAAGGGUUGCAACUUCCUCCUAGUGGUGAACGAAACUGAAAGCCACGUCUUCUGGUGGGAUGGUACAGAAUUUCUCCCUUGGAUACCAGUGAAAAAUAUCAAAGGAGAAAGUCUUUUGAAUUCUGUCCAGAUUGGCAACGAUACCUUCCUCUUUGUAGCUCAACGCAACGUUCUCAGUUUGUACAAAGUUACUAGCAUGCAUUAUGAACUUUUAGACACUCGUGAAUUUCCAGAUGUCAUUAGAAUUAUUGACAUAGGCGUUUGGAAUGAUGGAAAAACUAUUUCGAUUGUUCUCAUAUCUGAGAUAAGCCCCAAUCGUUAUAGAGUUGAACCUGUGCAGUUCUUGAUGAACGUAAUUAAGAAAGGAGAUGCUCAAACCAAAGAUCUCCAUCAUAAUUCUAAUGCAACUGAGAUUUGCUUAACGAAAAUGGAAGAGAAAUUGAACAAGUCCAUGGAAAAUGUUGAGAAGAGCAGAUUUAUGUGGGAGCAUCUUCAUUCAGCUCAUCAAAGUGUUGUAAUUGAUGCCUUAGAAGCAGAUGUUAUCAUUAGAUCUGCCCAAGAAUCGAUAACAAUUGAGAAUAUAGACAUUACCGAUAACACUACCGAAGAGAUUAUUCCUCCUACUGAAUUAACGACUCUAAUAGAAUAUCUUGAAGCUGAAAUAUCGAAGUCUUUGAACAAAUCUCAAUACUUGAUUGCCAUUAAUUCAACCACAAGGACAUUAGUUCUUCCAGCUUUAAUUAUCACGAAUGAAGCAAUCUUCGAGAAUUUGAAUACACCAGCUUUAGAGACUCAACUGAUAAAUAAUAAAGAUCCUAAUGAAUAUUUCCAUAAUGCAAUUUCUAUAACGAGAGAUCAAGUGUUUAAUGAAAUAUUGAAAGGGAAUAAUGUGACUAUUAAUAAUCUAGAAGUGGAAUCUAUGUGUGGAAUAUCCAGAGAUUUAUGGCUAUUGAAAAACGAAUCCGUGAAAAUACCAUUGAAGCCUCUUUCAGGACCGACGGGUCUUCAGAUUGAAAUAAAUAUUGAAAACGAUACAGUCUUCAUGACUUCUGACAUUUUUAUACGGAAAUUUGAAACUAGUGUCUUGAAUUCGGUGAAUGUAACAAGCUUUAUGAAUGAUUUGUUUAUUACUGGGCAGAAUCAAGUAAUUAAUUGUGACAUAGUAUUCGACCAUUUGUUGGUUGACAAUUUAAUCCUUCAACAAUUGAAUGGAAUUGCUACAGAGAAAUUAUUAACAAUUACAACGGAUCAGAGCUUUAAUGAUUCUGUAUCCAUCAAUUCGUUGGAGGUUCAACAUAUUUACGUCGACAGAAUCAACGGAGUUGAUCCCGAAAGAGCAGCCAGAGUCUCUAAGGAAAACGUUAUUAAGGGUCAAGUUACAGCAAACAAUCUGAAGAUUAUAGACGAGCUCAUUCUGGAUGACAAGUGCGAGUUAUUCAAAAAAGUUGAGCACAUGUACGUGUACGAUAAUGUUACGAUAAUUGGAAGUGUCUCGAUAGGACGCCUGCAGAUUCAGAAUCGUGCAAACAUUAAUCUCGAAAAUUUAGCCAUUCGUGGAAAUGAUGUAGACAGACUAACAGAAAAAUUCUGGAUGAAAUCGACUGACCAAGUGAUUAAUAAUCGUGUGAGUACGUUUGAAAAUGGUAUAACAAUUGAUGAAUUAGAGACAGAAUACCUCAAUGACAUCGGGAAGAAUGAAUAUCUGUAUACAACAGGAGAAAAUAUACCACCGCGAUUCCCAGACAUUCAUUUCAAUCAUUUUGUUGUAAAUGGCACGAUUUUCCAUGAGAAUCGCACAAAAAAUUGCAUUGAAAUCACCGAAGAUGCUUUGAUAUUCAACACAAAGCUUUUCUUCAAAGAGUUGAAUGUUUCAAAUAUCCUAACAAGACAGUACAAUGGAAUCCCAAUUUAUGCAAUAAUGGAAACCAGCAGCGAUGACUCUGUACCCAUCUCCCUCCCUAACUGUGCAGCACAAAGAAUUAUCAUAAAUAAUGAUACACACCUCAUCCAUCUUCAAUUUCAAAUUCUGAAUAAACGAAACAUUUCUGACUUACUUUUUACUGAUCAACAUCAUAACGUGGAGAACGUCAAGACAUCUGAGUUCACAGUAGCUGAAUUUCGAUCAUCAAAUCACAGUACGAAAUUCCCAAGGGCUGCAAGUGAUUUCAUUCCAUCUGCAGAGAUGAAUAUAAUUAUUCAAGGACCACUCGUUAUCGAAGAAAAUUUCUAUAUCGAGGGAUUCAUAAACGGCCUAAAUAUCACUGAUUAUUUUCACCAAUUAUCGAAAGCAGAUAUUCAAAUUCAUGACUCACAUCCUGUUUUCGAGAAACUCAAUGUUUUGAAAGACACUACAAUUCCGUUUUUUCAAAACAUCGAUGUUGAUAAAUUCGUUAAAAAUAUCUUUUCCAAAACCAGAGAUCAAACUCUGACUGGAACAAAAACUUUUCAUCGCGUGACGGUUAAUAAUGUGGAUUCCGAUGUUGUCAAUGGAAAAAAUAUUGACAAAAUGUAUUUUGUUAAUAGUUCCAUAAUUUGCGAGGGUGAGGUUUUCUUCACAUCUCUUUCUACUGAUGUAGAUGCAUUUACAGUUAAUACUAUUAAUACGACAUUAAUUCAGAGGGAUGUGUCGUAUAUAGUGUCAAAGAACAUCAGCCAGAUGACUCUUACUGGAAUUGCCCAUUGGGAAAAUUAUGAUUCCCAAAAAAAUUUAUCACAUAUAAUCAAAAAUUCCGUGAGGAUUGGUUCUAAUGAAAUCAUUACAACUUCGAUUGACUUAUCACAAGUAGAGUACGUCGAAAUAGCGUCACUUUAUACCGAGAAUUCAUCUCUCUUGGAGAUUGAAACCAUCAUCCAAGAUGCUCUGCUACGCACCAACAAUUCUGUGAAUAAAUUCAGUGGAAUGAAAAUAUUUAUGGAUAUUGUAGAAUUGGAGGAACUCGUCGUUGAUAAUCUACAAAUAGAUAAACUGGAGACAACAACCGUCCACGACCUUAAUUCCUCAAUAGUUCGUAAAUUUGAGGACUUGAAAAUAAUUAAUGGAACAUGUACUUUCCUAGAUGAAAUAACUAUAAUUAAUUUGAAGACUACACAUCUUGGCCCAGGAUUACCAAAUAUCUCCUCUCUCUUCACCAUAUCCCAGAGUGCUGAUAAUCAUCUUCCAAAUGGUGCACGUUUUAAUAACUUAGUAAUUAAAGAAUCAGCGCAAGUCUUCUCUUUGGAUGGAGUUUCUAUCGAUAAAUUUUUGGAAGACAGAGUAACGCUCACUGGAAAUCACACAAUUCCAUCAAAGGUUCGCUUCAACGGUCAGAUUCAUAUUCUCGAUAAUAUCGAAGUAGAGACAACUGUCAAUGGAAUUUCUCUUCAUGAUGUCAUCAUGAAGGAUUCGGCAGAACUACAAAUAAUAGAAGGUGUUAAAAGUUUCAGAGAAGAUUUGGUAGUUGGGGACGUUGAGGCUCCUCUAUUCAAUAGAAUAAAUAUCCUUGAAGCAUAUAAUAAUGGAAUAUUGAACGACGACUCUGCACUUAUCAAGGGAAAUCUAGUCAUCAAAGGAGAUAUCGAAUUGUUGCAAAAUACGACAGUUGCGGCUGAUAUCAAUGGCCUGAAGAUCAGCUCUGCUACAAAAAGUUUUGAUGAUAGCUCAAAUCAAGAUUUCAGGAUAACUGAGAGUAACUUGACAGCCAUAAAUGCAUUAAUUAAUACCACCAUCAACAUCUCCACUCAACGACAUCUUUCACAGUUGUUCUAUUAUAUUGAACUUGAAGACCAGCUGGAAACUCCUCACGCCAAAAGUGCUCCGAAGGUCAAGCCAGUGGUCUCUGAUAAUCCAACGAAAUUUAAUUUUCAUGCAAUACAAUUAAAAGAGCAUUGUCCAGGAUUACCCAGCGGUUGUUCCUGCAGAAAUCAAUACAACAUAGAAUUAUCAGGUAAUCAAUUCACAUCGCACAAGGCGGAUAAUUCGAUGAUUGUAUUUAACUUUCAUGAUAUGAAUAAUCUAUUUAUCAUUACCAUCACCACAACAACGAUCUCUAGUUCCUUGAAAUGUAGUUUGACGCCUGCAAAUGAUGAGUUCACAGUGAUUAAUUGGAGGGCACGCGACAAUUCGACUGCUAUUGGUAAUUCUACACAUAAUUCCGAGAAAAUUAUGGGAUAUCUGAGUGAUGCCCAAGUAUUUGUGCAUGAUGGAGUAAUUUAUAUCGUGCUGGUUAUAUCCUAUGAUGCAGAAAAAAAGACACAUCAAGCUGAUUCGUUAAUUUACAAGCUGAACCUGCAGAAAAAUCGAUUGAAGCUUAAAUUAAAGGUCUCUAUGUACAACGCAGGUGCUGUUGAGGUAUUUGAAAUACCUGAGAAAGGAUCACACAUCCUAAUAGCUUCUGAACAAGCUAGUAACUCUCAGAAGUGCGCAAAGUCUCUGCUUUAUAGGAUUAAACCCGGAGAAAAUGUGUUUGAAUUGCAAAGAACAUUUUACUCCGGUGGAACAAGAAGAGUUAAAAGUCUUACUCAUCGACAUCAGCAUUUUGUGCUGCUGGAUGACGUACAAACAAAUACCAUUCAUAUUUACAAUUACAGAGAGAGUUUCGAUAACUUCUAUCUCUAUCAAAGUCUUUAUUUUGAAUGUGGAAUUCGUGAUAUUGAGAUUUAUUAUUCUGGGGAAUUGGGAUGGAGUGAUGCUUACGUAUUGAUUACUACUGAAGACAGCAGGUUCUUCUUGUAUCAAUACAUGAUGAGCGGAAAAUUCCAGGAGAGGAUGAACAAAUGGAUCGACGGAAUCAUCUCUGUGACUCCUCUUAAUUUACCGGAUACCCACUACCUUCUAUUCACUAUGACUGACAAUAGUACUAUUUAUAGACUUGUACCGCAGGGAUUACUAUAGUCUUCCGUGCAAUUAAUUGAUCUCAAAGUAGACUUCAGCUAAUUCGUAGCAGACGAUUGAAAAAAUUACAGAGAAGAUACAUAUUCAAUAAAUAUCUCUCAAAAAAAGGCAACAUAACAUGAAAUAAAGUGCCGAAGGAAUGCAUCUUUCAUACUCCAGUUAAUUGUUAAUAAAAUCGAAUGAUAAAAUUAUAAAGAAAUCAACAUGUGUGAAUUUGUUGUGUUUAUGUGUUUGUAUUUAAUGAAAUAUACUUGUUAUGCACUUUUUUUUUGUUAAAUAAAAUGGAAUGGAAUAUUUUUCAUUGAAACUACGCUGAUCUGUUGUGAUUUUUAAAUGAACCGCUUGCAAGAGAAGU